GGCAAAACAUUAGAAAGCUGGUUAAAGAUGGUUUUAUCAUAAAGAAACCUAUGAAGAUUCACUCUCGAUCCCGUGCAAGACGCAUGGCGGAAGCAAAAAGGAAGGGGCGCCACUCUGGAUAUGGUAAGCGCAAGGGUACUCGAGAAGCUAGGCUCCCCACAAAGGUUUUGUGGAUGAGAAGGAUGAGGGUUUUGAGGCGUUUGCUUAGGAAGUAUCGUGAUGCCAAGAAAAUUGACAAGCACAUGUACCAUGAUAUGUACAUGAAGGUAAAAGGUAAUGUAUUUAAAAACAAGAGAGUCUUGAUGGAGAGUAUUCACAAAUCUAAGGCCGAAAAGGCAAGAGAAAAGACUUUAUCGGACCAAUUUGAGGCUAAGAGGGCAAAGAGCAAAGCAAGCAGGGAGAGGAAGAUUGCUAGAAGGGAGGAAAGACUUGCUCAGGGCCCUGGAGAGAAAGCAAAAGCACCUGCUGCAGCAGCACCACCACCCCAACCCGCAGAGUCUGCUCCCAAAAGGACUAAGAAGUAAAGGACAGCCAUUAACUCCAAAAGUAAGCUGAAUUCUGAAGAGACUAUGAAAAUCAGAUGGAACAUCGUUGUUUAAGUGUUAAAACAAACUUUUUGAGUGUUGUCUUGUUUUUGUGCUAACUUUUUGAAAUAAACUCGAGAGCGUGUUUGCAUGUUUAUAUUGUGCUGUUGAAUUUUAACUUUUCAGUUCCCAUA